CCCACUUCCCAAUCGGAGGUCCAUCUCUCACAUUCUACCGGAGCCGAAAUGGAUCUGCUCAUGCAGCGGCUCCGUCCUCCUGUGAGGAGGACCAUAACGCCCUUUGUCGGGUGCUCUGUGGCGCCUGACCGCUGCUGUGAUCGGCAGCACUGACAUGGAAACCCCCUUCCAGCUGCACAACGACUUCUUCCCAGAGCAGCAGCAGCAGCUCCAACACUGUAAGUACCAGCACUAUUACUGCGGACCGGAGCAGCAGCAGCAGCAGCAGCAGCGCAUCGGCAGGCAGCACGACCAAUGCUGCACCUGCAAUAGCUGCACCACCUGUGAUGCGAGAAAAAGCCUCGUCUUUCGCGGGACGUCGCCGACCACUGUGGGAACUUUGAGGACACCUUCCGAGACGUCUUCGAGGCAGGGCUGCCAGCACAGCACCGCCUGCGACUUCACACCUUCUAGUCAUGGUAGUUCAACCAGACAUCAUCAUCCUCACCACCAACAUCAGCAGCAGCAGCAGCAGCAGUAUCGGCAGCGGGGCAGCCAGGGGAGCAGCCACAAAGACAGCAACUCCUACAAUGAAAUAGCCAUGAGCAGCUGCAGAUACAACGGCGGCGUCAUGCGGCCGCUGAGCAACUUGAGCUCGUCCCGCAGAAACAUACACGAGUUCGAUUCCGAGUCCCAGCCUCUGCAGCCCAUCUCCGCCGCAGAUGCGUCGGACACUCUAGUUUCCAAACCGGAGAACAAUUCAGCCACGCUGAUGCCUUACGCAUCGGGGGACGGAGGGGCCGGCUGCGGCCACAGCAGCGGCAAAUCGGGGAAAAAGAAGAACCAGAACAUUGGGGAGAAGCUGGGGCACCGGCGGGCCUUGUUUGAGAAAAGGAAGCGUCUCAGUGACUAUGCUUUAAUCUUUGGGAUGUUUGGGAUCGUUGUUAUGGUUAUAGAGACUGAACUCUCAUGGGGAGCCUAUGGCAAGGAAUCCCUGUAUUCAUUAGCUCUAAAAUGCCUGAUAAGCCUUUCUACAAUCAUUCUCCUGGGGCUGAUUAUCAUUUACCAUGCGAGAGAGAUACAGCUCUUCAUGGUGGACAACGCAGCCGAUGACUGGAGGAUAGCCAUGACAUAUGAGCGCAUCUUCUUCAUCUGCCUGGAAAUCCUGGUGUGCGCCAUACACCCCAUCCCAGGGAACUACACCUUCACCUGGACGGCUCGCCUGGCGUACUCCUACGUCCCGUCCAAGACGGACGCGGACGUGGACAUCAUCCUGUCCAUCCCCAUGUUUCUGAGGCUGUACCUCAUCGCUCGGGUCAUGCUGCUGCACAGCAAGCUCUUCACCGAUGCCUCGUCCCGAAGCAUCGGCGCCCUCAACAAGAUUAACUUCAACACCCGCUUUGUGAUGAAGACCCUCAUGACCAUCUGUCCUGGCACUGUGCUGCUGGUCUUCACCAUCUCGCUCUGGAUCAUCGCUGCAUGGACAGUGAGAGCUUGCGAGAGGUACCAUGAUAACCAGGACAUAACCAGCAAUUUUCUUGGAGCCAUGUGGUUGAUCUCAAUCACGUUUCUGACUAUUGGAUAUGGGGAUAUGGUCCCACACACAUACUGUGGAAAAGGAGUCUGCCUCCUGACGGGCAUUAUGGGCGCCGGCUGCACUGCCUUGGUGGUGGCUGUGGUGGCGAAGAAACUGGAAUUAACCAAAGCUGAAAAACAUGUUCAUAACUUCAUGAUGGAUACCCAGUUAACAAAAAGAGUGAAAAACACAGCUGCGAAUGUUCUCAGGGAGACGUGGCUCAUCUACAAGAACACCAAACUUGUGAGGAAGAUGGACCACGCAAGAGUCAGGAAGCAUCAGAGAAAAUUCCUUCAAGCCAUUCACCAAGCUCGAAAAUUGAGAAGUGUUAAAAUGGAGCAACGCAAGCUGAAUGACCAAGCAAACUCACUAGUGGACCUUGCUAAGACGCAGAACAUCAUGUAUGACAUGGUGUCAGACUUGAACGAGAGAGGGGAGGACAUGGAGAAGAGGAUUGCGUUGCUGGAAACAAAGCUGGAAACCCUACUGACUAACUUGCAAGCUCUUCCUGGACUCAUCAGCCAGGUCAUCAACCAGCAGCACAGGGACUUCCUGGAAGUGCAGCUCCAGCCUUACGACAAACACAGCCCUGAGCGCUCGCAGUCGGUGUCACGGAGGAGGUCAUCCUCUACGGCGCCGCCGACCUCCUCGGAGAGCAGCUAGAGUCCAAACGGGGAACGCCUCCGCUCAAGACUUUUGCCAUCAUAUGGCCAAGUUGCAUUUACUGUAAAGCCUUAUGGUUUCAAUAAGUAUUACCCAAAUUCUGAUGACAGAAUCCGACUUCCUGGGGACGACGCGUUUUAACGGAUAACUUCAUGCUGUUCUUAUUUUUAUUACCUCAAAAGAUGAUGUUAUCCAUGCUCUGGUGAUAUACCACAGAUAAUGGCCCUUCCCUCAGUAAUAAAAGGCCUCCCCAGGCUCUGACAGGAACUCUACUCCGUCUCUAUGCAGAGGUAGCCAGCUCUAGGUGUCAAGGUUACCAGGCGUGAAACUAUUGCACUAAAGUAGUGCUUCUCAUGGACGUUGCACUUCUGCUGGCUUGACUCAGUUGCAAACUGAGAAACUGCUGAGAAACCAGACAGAGAGCAUGUCAGCGAUAUGACGGAAAUAGUGAAGUGACUCUAGACGGCAGGCAAAUAGCACUCCAACACACAGUCGCCCAGAGAUAAGGUAAAAAGCUUGAAAUGAGGAAACAAACACGUAUGUUUUAGGUUAGAAAACAGCAUCAACUAUAGCGGUUUUUCUUUGCAGAGUGCCCCCUGUAGACUGACUAUUUUUAAGGGGGGGAGAUGUUGCACAUAGUUUAAUCCUCAACUCAAUUGAAUGCAUCGAAAAUCUGUACUUGCACUUAAUUUUUAAUGAAUGCACUUCAAUGCUGGCUGACAUAUGAUCUAAAGAUCUAUACCCAUUUUUAAAAAAAGUCGUAUGGGCAUGGGUUUAUUGUUGUCAGUUCUCAAUUUGUAGUGUUGUCUAAUCCAACAAAGCCACAUUUAAUUUCUUUUGUUUUUUGUUUUUUAAUUAUAAUUAUUAUUGGUUCUUGAUAAAAAAAAUGCAUUUACUUAGACUUAUAGAGGUCUAAUGAAAUGCACCGAAUGAUCAUAAACGAAGUAAUUCCACCCAUGUCUUGCUGUGUCUUAACUCCUGUCCUCUCCUGCGUUAUCUAUGCUCUCUGUCUUCCAAGCCGGGCAACAAAAUAUGCCGAACAACAACUGUAAACCCUAUCUACCUUUUAAAGCUGAAGAAAUACAUAUUUUUAUAUAUUUUCAUGAGGACAAGCACACCUCUUGCGAUAAAUAAACGACAGGGGGGAAAAAAAGGUGAAGAGUCAGAAACGGCAUACGGUGGGAGAAACCUGAAAUGGAGAUGAUUUGUCUGAGUUUUUCAAAAGGAUAGGAAAAUUAAUUAAUUAGGUAUUACUUCAGCAUAAGACCCCACUGAUGUAAACCUUUCUAGAAUGAAGAAGAUAAACUGGUCACUCGCAAAAUCAGCGGCUUGGCCAGCACUCAAACAUAAACCAACCGGAUGUGCAGUCCACAAACAUUAACAAUGUAGAAACCAAUGAGAGAUUCUGUUGUAUGCAACCUAAAUGAUAAAGCAAAUAAAAAAUACCCAAUUAGAUGAA